AUGGAUUCGGAAUCUUCUAAUGGUUCUUUAAAUACAAAAACCUGCAAAUGUCGCUACUGCAAUUGCGAAUGUGGUUGCUCGGAGAUUUCGACGAAUUGGAUUCGUAAGGUGAAACGGAAGCAUGAUGAGAUGGAAAAGGUGAGGAAAUCUAACGGUGGUGGUGGGGUUGUUCGGGUUGAAAUUGAGGAUGAAUGUGUUGCGUUACGAGAAGCUGUUAGUAGUCAGCAGAAAGCGAUUCAGGAUUUGUAUUCUGAAUUGGAAGAGGAGAGAAAUGCUGCUUCGUCUGCGGCGAGUGAAACGAUGUCGAUGAUAUUGAGAUUGCAGACUGAGAAGGCGGAGCUUGAGAUGGAAGCGCGGCAGUUUAAGCGUUUUGUUGAGGAGAGGACGAGUCAUGAUCAGCAGGAGCUUUUUGCUUUGGAGGAUUUGUUGUAUAAAAGAGAACAGGCGAUUCAUUCGCUUACUUGCGAAGUUCAGGCUUAUAAGCAUAGGCUGAUGAGUUAUGGUUUAACUGAGUCGGAGGUGGAAGGGGAUUGUGAAUUUCCGCCUUAUGAGUAUCCUCCUUUGAAAUGUAAUGUAAUGCAUGCUGUUGGGGAUGUUGAUAAUGAUGAUGUUUUUGAUGUUGAUGUUGAGAAGUAUGCGUUUGGGGAAACUCCGAGGGAUCGUUUGAGGAGCUUGGAGAAUAGGAUAUCUCAAAUGGAGAGAACUCCGACUUAUAGUCAAAUGGAUGGUGAUUUCAAUACGAAGAAUGUUAUAGAGAAGGUGAUUGUUGGACACUCUCCUAGAAGGAAUAAACAUUCAAGGAAAUUUUCAUGUGACUCGUCUUCAUUUGGCGCAGAGUUUGUGUCGGAUUCUCCAAGGAUCAAUGGUAGCUCUAGGAAGAUGGAUUAUAAUGGGUCAGAGGAUUUCUCCAAUACGAAGAAGGUGGAUAAUGUCUCUGAGGUGGGUGAUAAUACUGAUAGAGUUUACACUGUUGACUCUGAAUUUAAAGGGGGAGUUGGUGGGUAUGAUGAUGAGUAUGCAACAACUCCAAGGGAGUUUGGAAAUCAGGGUGAUUUUGAAGAUCCUUAUGUAAAGAAGCUUUGCAUGAGGCUUCAAGCACUUGAGGCAGACAGGGAAUCAAUGAGACAGUCAAUCAUUUCGAUGCGUACGGAUAAAGCACAACUUAUUUUGCUCAAGGAAAUAGCUCAACAUCUGUGCAAAGGGACGUCGGAUCAGAGGAGAGUGACUGUGAAAACCUUCGUUGGCGGCUUCUCGUUCUUCACAAUUUUUAAGUGGGUGGCUUCAAUUGUUUUCUGGAGAAAGAGAGGUCAUCAAAUCAAGUAUAUGUUAGGGCUACCAUCUACCGACGCUGGCUUAUUAAUGCUCCUUGAUAAAGAACCCCAGCUAAGGUCGUGGAGAUAUGUUUCAAGAGCACAAACUGGAGGAUAG